UUGAAAGCGGCGGCUGAGGCGGCCCGAGCGGGGCGGGGAAGCCGCGGGACGGCGGCGGCGGCGGCGGCAGCGGCCAUGGGGCAGUGCGGCAUCACCUCCUCCAAGACCGUCCUCGUCUUCCUCAACCUCAUUUUCUGGGCUGCUGCAGGCAUCCUGUGCUACGUGGGGGCUUACGUCUUUAUCACCUACGAUGACUACGACCACUUCUUCGAAGAUGUUUAUACGCUCAUCCCUGCAGUGAUCAUCAUAGCGGUGGGGACCCUUUUAUUUAUCAUCGGUCUGAUCGGCUGCUGUGCCACCAUCCGGGAAAGCCGCUGUGGCCUUGCCACGUUUGUGAUCAUCCUUCUGUUGGUUUUCAUCACAGAAGUUGUGGUAGUGGUUCUGGGCUAUAUCUACAGAGCAAAGGUGGAGGCCGAAGUGGAUCACAGCAUCAAGAAAGUGUACGACGCAUACAAUGGCACCAACCCGGAUGCUGCCAGCCGGGCGAUUGAUUACGUGCAGAGGCAGCUGCACUGCUGUGGGAUCCACAACUACACAGACUGGGAGUCGACCGCCUGGUUCAAAGAAGCGAAAAACCACAGCGUGCCGCUCAGCUGUUGCAAAGCCACGCUCAGCAAUUGCACGGGGAGCUUAGCUCAUCCCACAGACCUUUACUCCGAGGGGUGUAAAGUCUUGGUGGUGAAGAAGCUACAGGAGAUCAUGAUGUACGUUAUAUGGGCUGCCCUGGCAUUUGCUGUAAUUCAGCUGCUGGGCAUGCUCUGCGCCUGCAUUGUGCUCUGCAGAAGGAGUCGGGACCCUGCCUACGAGCUGCUCAUCGCCGGGGGGACCUACGCCUAGAAGAAGGUCCGCAGCGAAGCUCCGAGUCUCGUUUUCUCCGCUCAGAAGCCACCUUGGCAGUUUCACCUGCCCCAGUAGCUCCCACUGACUCUGGACAAUUAGCCCCUACCCACCGAUGAUGGGCAGAGCUUGGCUUUCGGCCCCUCCCAUAUUACCGACUCCCUCUCCUUCGGCCAGCUUCCCACUUAUCUAUCCAUGGUAGCCACAAGUAACACUAGUUUUUUUUUCUUUUUUUUAAAAAUACAUUUUAUUUUAAAUGGCAUGAAAGCUACGGGUGACCUAACUGUGGCUUAAAAGGGUGCAGUGAUUUAUUCUUAUAUCCUUCAGCAUUUGUUGGGUGGCAUCAUCGCCAGUCAGAAUUGUACGAGGGAAGUCACUUAUCUUAAUUUUGUGAAGUUUAAUUCUGCUGCUGCUUGCCUCUCACCAGUGUUUUCUGUCUUGUUUUCAAUAUAUAUAUAUAUAUAUAUAUAUAUAUAUAUAUAUAUAUAUAUAUAUACAUUCAUUAAGUCCAACACUACGAAAUGACUAAUCAGAAUUUUAGAAUCCUAUAAGUGCAUCUCUUCUUUAAAUUCAAAUGAACAAACUUUCCAAAUUUUUAGCAUAUAUAUAUAUAUAUAUAUAUAUAUAUAUAUAUAUAUAUAUAU